CGCAUUUCAAAUUUUGAAGUGUGCACGCCUCUCCUUCUCCUCCUUGCCUCCUCCUCAGUUAAUACUCGCUGCUGCAGUCGCAGUCGCGCCGGUCUCCUCGUUCCCCGGCUCCGCCCCAGCAAAUACGCCCGCCCGCCUCCGCUCCGCACGCUUCAGUUCAUCGCCAUUAACUACCACGAACGUCGUCGUUCCGGAGGAGUCAUCAGCGAUACGUGCGCCGCUUCGAUCGUCCUUGGCCAAUAACAGCGGAGUCCCCGGCGGAGCGGGAAGCCAUGCCGUUGCCGCGGAGCAAGGCCAGGAGGAAGGGCUUCAGGUCGCAGCUGGAGCAGGAGGUGCUCAGGCUGCAGGAGGUGCUGCGGGAGGAGACGGCGCUGCACGCCAUCCUCGACAACGCGCUCGACCACGCCGCCGUCACCCUCGCCGACAUGUCCUACCUCCCCACCCACGCCCAGGAGCUGCUCUCCAACAUCUCCGCCAUGGAGGCGGCCGUCUCCAAGCUGGAGGAGGAGAUGGUCGCCCUCCACUUCCAGCUCAUCCAGGAGCGCAACGAGCGGCGCCUCGUCGAGUACCGCGCCAACGCCAAGCAGCGGCCGCUCCCCCUCUGCUCCCACCGCCCCGCCGCCAGACCCGAGUCCGAAUCCGACGACACGGCGAGCGACACCAGCAACUCCACCAGAGCGGAGAAGGCCGCGCCCCCGAAGCUGCAUCGGCAGUUCUCCAUCAAGGCCCUCGGCGGCGGCGCGAACCCGAACCACCUGUCGGAGGACAUCGUGCGGUGCAUGAGGAACAUCUUCAUCUCGCUCUCCGACUCCUGCCGGGAGGCCUCCAGGGCCAGCAACCCCUCCGCCGCCGGGGAGGGCCAGCGCGCCGGCCCGUCGCCCAGCGGGAUCGCCGCCUUCUGGUCGCUGUCCGAGCCAUCCUCCAUCUCCUCCUGGGUGCAGAGCCCCCAGGUCGACCUCAACCAGAACAACCACCUGCUGGCCUCCGAGACCGUCUUCGACCCGUACAAGGCCCGGGAGAAGCUCAGCUGGGCCGACAUCGGGGGCUACGGCGCCGCGUCGGAGGUCUCGUGGAUGUCCGCCGGGAAGAAGCAGCUCGAGUAUGCCGCGGAGUCGCUUCGGAAGUUCAGGUUGCUGAUUGAACAGCUGGCAGAAGUAAACCCUGUUCAUCUCAGCGACGACGCGAGAUUGGCGUUUUGGAUCAAUCUGUACAACGCCUUGUUGAUGCACGCUUAUCUUGCCUACGGUGUUCCACGAAGUGACAUGAAACUGUUUUCACUGAUGCAAAAGGCUGCCUACACAAUUGGAGGGAAUUCAUUCAGUGCGGCAUUCAUCGAAUAUGUUAUUUUGAAGAUGAAGCCGCCGAAUCACAGGCCACAGAUGGCUCUGCUUCUUGCCCUUCAGAAGAUAAAGUCACCUGAGGACCAGAGAAAGUUCUGCAUUUCAACACCUGAACCACUUCUGACAUUUGCCCUCAGCUGUGGAAUGUAUUCUUCGCCUGCAGUGAAGAUAUACACAGCCAGCAACGUAAGGGAAGAGCUGCAGGAUGCGCAGCGUGAUUUCAUCAGAGCAUCGGUGGGAGUGAGCCGGAAGGGGAAGCUUCUGAUCCCCAAAAUGCUGCACUGUUUCGCGCGAGGGUUCGUCGACGACAACAGCUUCCCUAUCUGGAUAUCGCAUUUCCUGCCUCAGCAGCAAGCUACAUUCGUCGAGCACUGCGUGUCUCAGAGGCGGCAAAGCCUCCUGGGCACCCGGACUUUCGGCAUCAUCCCGUUCGACUCCCGAUUUCGAUACCUUUUCCUGCCUGAUAUGGGAUCAGUGAACUGACUGUUGAAUCAUCAGGUCAGAGGUGCAAGGAAGCCCUAUAUUGUCGGCAGUCGAACCGAGCCGUUUCGGCAAGUGGUCGACCAGGUCUCGGAUCACACAGGUGCACAUCCAGUGAUCAUCCGGUUUGUUUCAGCACUGAACCAAUGUGCAACGGCCGGCUGGAUUAAAAGACUGGUAUCCUCCUCAAGAUGUCAGAUAAAUCUUGAGCACGUCAGCUGGAUUAAUUGGCUAGUUUGCCUCGACUUCUUGUCGAAUUCAGGGCAAAAUGUUGUAUAUGAUAGUGGUUGAUUUCUAACUAGCUAGCAAAUAAAAUGAAGGCGAUCGUUAUGAAGUUGUUGUGAGUCUACUGACAACAUGUACUCCCUCCGCCCCAUAAUAUAAUAGUGUUUUUGACACUGCACUAGUGUCAAUAUUAUGGGACGGAGGGAGUAUAAUGUAGCCUGCAGCUCUGGUCUGCGGCAUUAUCAUGUACUCCCUCCUUUCCGGUUUAUAAGGGCAUCUCCAACAGGUUGUA